CCGCUCAUAAAAGGGCACGGCGCCUGUGCCCGUGACAUCCCCCACGGACCUGCCCUCCAUGUCGCUCGAGAAAUCUUCGGUCGAUCAAGAGAAGGCGGCGGAAGCCUUCGAGGAAAGACAUCUGGACUUGGCCAACAACGCCAACGCGAGGAUCCAGAAUCCGCUUUACGGCAUUCCCCACGACAAGCUGCUCCAUCAGGUCGAGGUGUUCACGAAGGAACAAGGUUUUGAGGAGCAGCUGCCGCUGUUCCAGAAGGGAGCGCUGCUAGCUCAGCGUCCCAAGGAGUACGAAUCGAUUCCCGAGCUGGACGAAGCGGACAAGGCUGCCAUUCGGCAUGAAAUUGAGCAUAAGUGGGAUCAGCCCCGUGAUCUAUAUUUGACGGUCAUUCUUUGUUCUGUUGCUGCCGCUGUCCAGGAUGGGAUCAAACUGGUUCCAAUGGAGCAAACUUGUCGUUUCCCAUCGAGUUCAACAUUGAUACCUCGGAUCCUGGACAGGCAGGUAUUCGCAACCAAUGGAUCGUCGGAAUCAUCAACAGCGGCCCGUUCAUAUCUGCUGCUAUCAUCGGUGUAUGGCUCACUGAUCCACUAAAUAACUACUUCGGUCGCCGUGGUACUAUCUUCUUUUGUGCCAUUUUCUGUCUUGUCGCUGUGAUCGGCUCUGGUUUCGCUCAGACUUGGCCUCAGCUUUUGGUUUGCCGGCUUCUGCUUGGAUUGGGUGUAGGUCCAAGGCUUCGACGGUCCGGUACGUGUUCCAGAAGAAUAUGCAAACUCGCUCAACCUGCAAUGCCAGGUCUAUGCGGCUGAGAACACGCCUGCGGCGAUUCGUGGUGGUCUCGUCAUGUCUUGGCAGUUGUGGACCGCAUUCGGCAUCCUUCUCGGGUUCUCUGCGAAUCUGGCGCUGUUCCAGGUUGGAAAGAUUGCUUGGCGGCUGCAGUUGGGCUCCGCAUUCCUUCCUGCGGUGCCUCUUUUGCUUGGGGUCUAUUUCUGCCCUGAGUCGCCUCGUUGGCUCAUGAAGAAGGGUCGCUAUCAAGAAGCUUAUGCAGCAUUCAAACGACUCAGGAGAACGGAGCUCCAAGCUGCACGCGACUUAUACUAUGUUCACCGACAACUGGUCGAAGAAUUCGAUAUCCUCCAUGGUUCCACAUACUUCUCUCGGCUGACAGAACUCUUCACCAUUCCACGAAACCGGCGGGCGUCUCUGGCCGCAUUUGUCGUCAUGAUCGCUCAGCAGAUGUGUGGUUUGUCAUUUGUCGUCUCAUCUAUAUUUCCCGCGUUCUCAAUAUCUUUUCUUUUCCAAUUCCAGGAAUCAAUAUCAUCGCUUUUUACUCGUCCACGAUAUUCCAGGAGGCAAACUACAGUGUCAGGAGCGCUCUUCUUGCAUCAUGGGGCUUCGGCAUCGUCAACUUCGUGACCGCCUUCCCGGCCGUUUGGACCGGCUACAUAGUUCGGACGGCGGAACCUGCUAUUGUUCACUUUCCCCAACAUGGCAUGGACUCUGCUCACCGCCGGGCUUUGCUUCAUCAUUAGCCCUUCGAACCCAGCUCGGGUACCCCUCAUCGCCUUGUUUAUCUUCAUCUUUGCCGCAUUCUACAGUCCCGGCGAAGGGCCAGUCCCGUUCGCUUAUUCUGCGGAAGUGUUCCCGCUCACUCAUCGGGAGAUGGGUAUGGGUUAUGCUGUCUGUGUCAACUUUUUCUUCGCUGCCGUGCUCGGUGUAACGUUCCCUCGGAUUUUGGCUUCCUUUGGGUCCGAGGGAGCGUUCGCCUUCUAUGCUGGGUUGAAUGUCGUCGCUUUCGUAAUGAUCUUCUUCCUGCUGCCUGAAACCAAGCAGAGGACAUUAGAAGAACUCGACCACGUCUUUGCCGUGCCAACAAGGAGGCAUAUCUCAUAUCACGCCAAAACGUAUCUCCCCUACUUCAUCAAGCGCUGGGUGCUGUUCAGGAAAGAUGCCAAGCUCGAGCCGCUCUACAACUUCGACGAAGUCGAGAGCAUCACAGUAUUCGAGAAGGGCACUGGCCACUGAAGCAUUACGUAUCCCUUUGCACGAUCUGCAUGUCAAUUACGAAUGGAAACGAGAAACGUUUGGUUUAUCGAAGGAAUAUGAUCUCGUGUUCACCGUUGGGCGCGUUCUCCGUACUUUCGCGAAGUCUGGAAUAGUUGAAACUAGAACUGGUCCCAUGGAUUGUUUGGUUCAUCAUCCAUCAAUCAACACACACCAGCUACUUCCCGCCAUGACCACGUCCUUUCUACAAUAUGAAGCGCCCUGGCCCGUCCACAGUAUGGAUUGGUGCAAAACGCCAGCACCUGGCCAGCAAAUGCGCCCUCGAUCGGCCUUCCGUCUCGCCGUCGCGUCUUUCACCGAGAACUACAAUAAUCGCAUCGCGAUCGCGGGCUUGCAGGACGAACGCGUACUGGUUGAGGACGAUUACACCGACUAUCCCGAUUUCGUGACUCUUUGUGAAGGCAGUCAAGGAUACCCCGCGACUAGUCUCCAGUGGCAGCCUAUAUCCGCGACUACACACCAGUUCGCGGGGAAGUCGCCUACUUCUGAGCUGUUAGCAACUACUGCGGAUAUCCUGCGGAUAUGGGAAUACAAUUCAGACGCGACGACAUCCGCUACGGCCUACGUUGGUCGGCAACCCACUUCGGGCGGGCACUCUUUGAGCAUCAAGGCUACGUUAUCCGGUCAAUCCAAGGUCUCGAGUCAAGGGCCGGGUGCGCCUCUUACGAACUUCUCCUGGAACGAGAAGGCCCCGAGCUUGAUCGUGACCUCGUCCAUCGACACCACCUGCACGGUCUGGAACAUCGAGACGGCGAGCGCAAUCACCCAGCUGAUUGCCCAUGACCGGGAGGUUUAUGAUGUGGCCUGGCUACCGGGAUCCACGGACAUCUUUGUCUCCGUUGGGGCUGAUGGGAGUUUGAGAGCUUUCGAUUUGCGCAGCCUCGAACACUCCACGAUCUUGUACGAGACUCCUGCGCCCAAAAACAUCCCCCCUCCAACUGCCUCGCCGUCCGCUUCGGCGCGCCCACCGACAUCUCCGUUGUUGCGGAUAGCAUUCAAUCCAUCAGACUCGAACUAUAUGUCUACAUUUCACAUGGACGGGUCUGAGGUGCAGAUCUUGGACAUGCGAAGUCCCGGGUCGCCUGUGAUGGAGCUCCGUGGACACCAUGCAUCUAUCAACGCAUUGGGAUGGGGCUCUGCAGAGAACCCGCUGCUGGCAACGGCAGCCGAUGACUGCCAACUGCUACUGUGGGAUCUCGCCAAUUAUACACAGAGCGCGGCAUCACCGCGCAGCGCUGGCUCCCGCCUGAAUUCACCUCGGCCGGAUGUGAAAAAACGCGUGGUACUGAGCCCGUUAUGGCGUAUACUGCCCCUAGUCAGAUAACCAAUCUCGCCUGGUCUCCGCCAAUACAGGGCAUGUCAAUGAGCAGUGGACACUCGACUGUCACAGGUGAAUGGGUUGCAGUAGCAUGUGGAAAGUCGAUUCGGGCUCUGAAAGUCUAGACUGUAGAGCAUCUCUAGCAUGUACUGACUAUCACCUGUAUUUAUGGCUACCCACGAGCAAUCUUGUGAUCUUCUUUUCUCGAUCCGCCUGUGAAUAGUUGUGAGGACAUCCAGGUACGUCCGGAUAGGCAGGUUCUCUUGGCAGCGGUCUUAUCGUCUCGUUCUGUCGCCUGUUUCAAACAACCAGCAUGGUCUGCCUAAUGAAUCAUCACGAUGAUGUGAGCACAUGGUUCAACCUUCAUGCCUGGCUUGGAACCAGAUGGAGCACACAAAUAAAAGCCCGUUCAUCGGGCACACGACCUUGCGCCCCUCCUUGGACCCGUCUCUAACAUGGCCUCCACCGCCACCGAGCACGUCGAUACCGUCCAGCGCAAAGUUUCGCUGCAGUCCUCUGUAGAGAAACAAGCCCACCCGGCCGAUGAGGAAGCUGUUCUCGCGAAAGAGGCCGACGAGGAGGAGGAGGUUGUGAAGGGGCCGACCUUUUACGCUCGAGUGCGUCUAUGCAUGCAAGUAAAAACGUCCCGAAAGCCUUGCUGAUGCAUCCCUCGCAGUAUCGGCCAUUCAUUCUGGCCGCCACUGCGGCCGUUAUCAUUGGAUGGUGGAUCAGCGCUACGCUCCUGAAGGCGACUCGGCACCGGUGGAUUGUCCAGACCCUCUUCGCUUGGGCUUUCGUCCUGAUCAUCGCGUUCCGAUUCAUUCCCAACUCGGUCGUUACGAAACCUGUCGGCGCGGUCUUCAUUCCGUUGGUACAGGAGCCGUGGUACAGAUUGUCUUAUCGCCUCCGCCUGGCUAUCGGAUGGCUAUGCUUGCUUGCGAUCGUUUUCGGCUCGGCAUUCGGCUUCAAGUUGGAGGCAAACAGCAACUACGGCGAUCGUGCUAUUUCCGUUCUCGGGCUGUUCCUCUUCCAAUGCGGAUUUUAUCUGUCUUCCACCAACCGGGCUGCCAUCCCCUGGCCAACGGUUAUCGUCGGCCUGUUCAUCCAGCAGGCCAUCGCGCUUUUCGUGCUCAAGAGCGGAGCCGGAUUCUCCAUAUUCAAAUGGAUUGCUAAUCUCGCCGGCGACUUUUUGGCCCAGGCACUCCCCGGCGCCCAGUUCUUCUUCGAUGCGGCUACGAUCUCCAAGCACUGGUUCUUUGUCAACACCCUGUCGUCGAUCAUCUUCUUCAUCGCAUUUGUGCAGAUGAUGUACUAUUUGGGAGUCAUGCAGUGGAUCCUCAAGCACUUCGCCUGGCUCUUUUUCAAGUUGCUGAACGUGUCGGGUGCGGAGGCUGUUGUUGCUGCUUCGUCUCCCUGGAUCGGUCAAGGCGAAUCCGCGUGUCUCGUCAAACCUUAUGUCGACUUGAUGACCGAUUCUGAGAUUCAUGUGACCAUGACCUCCGGUUUCUCGACUAUCGCCGGGUCUGUCCUCUCUGCCUACAUCAAUCUCGGAGUCCCGGCCCAGAACCUGGUCACUUCAUCUGUCAUGAGCAUCCCUGCAUCCCUGGCGAUUAGCAAGAUGCGCAUGCCAGAGUUGGACGAGCCUGUCACUCGUGGGCACGUUGUUGUUGACCGUGGAGAGACCAAGGAAGGCGAACCAGCCAAUGCGCUCCACGCCUUCAGCCAGGGUGCUGUCUUUGGUCUCAUUGUGGCCGGCCAGAUCUUGACAAAUGUUCUGACCGUCCUUGCGCUUGUUGCUGCGGUCAACGGCUUGCUGACAUGGAUCGGUCGGGGAUUCGGCAUUCACGCUUUGACCCUCCAGCUCAUUCUGGGAUAUGUUUUCUAUCCCGUCACGUUCUUCCUGGGUGUCCCUCGCCACGAGAUUCUCCCCGUUGCCCGUCUGCUGGCUACGAAACUGGUCGCUAAUGAGUUCGCUGCCUACCUCGAUCUGCAGGCCCUCCAGGCGACCCCCCAAGCUCUUUCCCCCCGUGCAUUCACAAUCGCGUCGUACUCGCUGUGUGGAUUUGCGAACCUAGGCUCAUUCGGUACACAAGUCGGUGUGCUCAGCGCGUUGGCACCGUCCCGAACCAAGGUGAUCGCCAAGCUCGGUAUCUCUGCCAUGAUUUGUGGUUUCUUGUCCACUCUGCAGACGGCGGGUAUUGCCGGUAUGCUUGUUUAAAACUUUUAGGGAAUGGGAUGCCACGACUUACUUACGAUAUACAUAAUGCAUACACCCGAUGUAUUGAAUGUACUGUGGUUACAGACAUAUACUUGUCUUGGCGACGAUAAUGUCGAGCGGUCAACAUGGUCAGCGUGGUGCUAUCUGUGAAAGAAUGGUCCAGGCGAUCGUCGUCAGAUAGAGAGCCCUAGGUUCCCGGAAAGAGCGGGACGCAAUCAAGGACAAGUGGACAUGUUGACACGCUGACGCGAUGCCGCAUCACACAAACAUCAGCAUCGCGUGUUGCCUCUUCCCGUGUGUCACGAUGUCGCGUCCAUCCACUCGCGUGUCUCACUUUGGCGCACCCCCCAGUUCCGUCCAGUCGGCUGCAGCGAUUGCCAAGAUGAAUGAAAAGAAGAAAGAGUACGAUGCCGUAGCUGCCUUACACAAGGUAUCGUCGCUGUACAUACAACGCAUCGAGGGCUUCGCGGACGACUGUGAGAUCAUGGCUGAUGCCGGUCGGAUCCACGGAGACGUCCUGGAGCAGUGGCCGAGGAUGUUCGAGAUACUGAACCUCUUUCUUUCGGGUACCAAUAAGGACAGCGCCGAGGAAAAUGAUGUCGUAGGCCAGCAACUUGUCCGCAUCCCGAUCGAGGACCUACAGGAUCCUGAGGAAGAUAAAGAGAAAACGACUGUGUCUACAACAGAGGUGCCACGCUGAGAUCCAGGCGGCCCAGACUAUCUAUGACUUCCCGGACGACUUUUUCUGCUCCUUCAUCUGGGCAAUGCGCUGCGUGAUAACAGUCAGCUCUGCAAGGAAUUCAAGACGGCCCUUGCACCUGUUUUCGCUCCUCUUUCCGACGCGCCAUCUCCGCAGCCUUCUCUUCUUUCGUCAGUAAGGGCGUUGGACUUGUUGUCGAGGCGGAUGGAAUCGGUGACUGGGGUUUUCCGGCCGGUGUGUCGUCCCAACCCCCUGUAGCCCAAUUGUCAUGCUCCGGAGCGGGCGGCGAUCGGGCUGGCGGCGAUCGAAUAGGAGUUGGCGAUCGAGCUCGAGUGGAAACUUUCGGAGUGAUUGGCUGGGUAUUGAGCAUAGACUGUGCAGCGGUAUAAUUAGACUCGGCUCCCCAUGCAUCGAUUCCUGGCGACACGGGGAACUCGUCCUGUCCUUCUGCCGGUGCAGUCUCGAAAGCGCCUAAUCAGAGCUCAGUACUUGUGCGACAAGUGAACGAGAGAACGCAUACUCCAAUCAUCGGCAUCGGCAUUCACGUCCAUGAGGUCUUCGCUUUCCCAUGGGUUGCCGUCGAUAUCAGCAGCUGAAGCUGCCGCUUCUUCAGCAAGUUGUUCGGCCAACGCAGCUGCAGCAACACUCGGCGGGAUCUUGUUUGCGCCGAGUUGCAUCGCUUUUGACUUGGAAGGUUUGGGUGUUGAGACUCCGCUCCUGCUUCCGGAUCCAUUUGCUGAGACAGCUUGGAUGGCUGGGAGAGCAGCGGGGCCAGGUGCUGAGGUCGGUCGCUCAAUGGUGGCGGCGAUCCCGGUCUGUAGCUCAGAGGUAGCAAGCUGGGAAACACACGUUAAUACUGAGUGAAGAGUGACGAAUGUUCCUCCUACCGUUCUGCCGAGGGAUGAAAUGGCCCAGCCAGCCAAAGCACCGGCGGCACCGGCAGCCGAGUUGACCAUGGUGGCCUGAGCCGGUGCAGUGACACCGAGCGCGUCGCUAACAGCGGGGGCAGCGGUCUCAGGCUAUAUCAUGAGUCUCCGCUGGAACAUGAGAUUAGAUUGAACCGACCAUUUCAGCUGCAUGGCUUUCCAACUUCUUGACGAAGAGCUCCAUUGCCUUGAAUGCCUGGUCUCGAACCAGCCUGGCAAGAAAUCAGAUAUUGAUCAUCCAAGCACGCCGUUGCUGCAGUACUUUUCCUUGUCUAUCAACGAGGAAGACACAUUCGGGAUGACUUUGGUAGCGAGAUCCUCAAUGUCGAAACAGUCGAUCGUCGCCAUGAACGCCAUCAGACCCGCAACCCGGGCAUGCACGAAGGGAUCCUUCAAUGCACGUGAGAAUGCGGGGACGAGAACUUUCCGUUUCGUGUUGUACCCGAGUGUCGGAGCCAACCGACCAAUGAGGAUGCAGGUGUUGGUGCGGAUAGAUGCUUCCGGGUCAGAUUGCAUCUUUGCCAGAAAGCGGAGCAGUUCGUUGUUGAGUAUCCGGUCUGAUAGCUUGAAGAGGUCACUCCAACGACUUGGAUCUCCAAACGAAAAGGCUCACGUGAGGCGCAAUCAACGUUAUGGACCGGACAGUGGCUUCACGGAUCACAGCGACUGUGUCCGAGAAUCCCGUUUGCUGAUCGUUUGGUGAGAUGGCAAUGUUGGACGUGGACUCGAACGACGGCUUACGAGCAUAUUCAGGUAGAUGAUCCAGCAAAGCCAUCCUGGUGCCUCUGUCCGGGCUUGCAUAUAAUUUGACUAGAGGGGCAAGUACAACAUUCGGAUAGUCCUCGGGUGAUACGUUCUUGCCGAACCUCAGUACAAGAGGAAGAAUCGUCGCAGCAGAUGCACCUCCGAACUCCAGAGCAGAAACCAAAGACGGCAGCACCCGGAACGAUGCGAAUUCCGGCGGGAAUGAAUUGGCGGUUUCGCUCAAGGUGCGAAGAAGGAGAGCCUUAUCAGACUCGCUGCUGAGCGCAUAGUUGUCGAGACCGAGGCAGACUUUGACCAAUCUGUUGUUGGCGAAAAAGCCUGUCUCCGCCAUACCGAUGGCAAGAAAUCCCUUCGCAGUCAAGCGUCCCUUGGGGUUAGGGUUGAGUAACUUCUUGAACGACGGAAAAAUCGAGUUUGGGAUAGCGCCACGAGACGAAGGCUGGGGUGGAGGAUGGGGUGGAUUCGCGGUGGCCGGUGGAGGAUGGCUCGGAUUGAAAACAGCAUGUAGUAGUAGACCGAGAGCGUAGGCGUCGGCGGCGGCGGGCUCGUUUCUAACACCAAGUCAGCCCAGCAGAUGUACAGAAGGAGAAGAGCACCACCAUACUCUUUGAUCACCGACCAACCACCUUUCUUCACCUCGGGAGAUGCCCAGGCACCAGCCUCGGGAAGCUGCCCACCCAAAGUCUGUUCCAUUUGAUCAGUCCAUGUCUCCUCUCAGAGCCAGGGUUAUCGCUCACGUAGAGAACCGCCCCCUCCUCCUUUGGAUUACUGAGAAGAUCAAAUCCACCGAGCCUCCAUUCUCCGGAGGGCGAUAUGAAUAGCGAGUUGACCCUGAUAUUGCCAUGUGUAGAUGCGCAAGAGUCGUUCAAGAACGCCAAAGCUACCUGAUCCAAUGAUUGACACGUAAAGACGGAAAGAGUUUGGACAGAACGACGAACAGAAACGCGAUGCAGGCCCCAUAAUAACCAAUCCUCCCGCUCCUGAGCAUCACGGCCAGACCACGAAUUCAGCAGCGCCUGAAGCGGCCGAACGCGUUCCGUCAUGAUGUGAAUCGUAGUUUCUGUUUCAACAGCAUCGAUAAACUUGAGCACAUCCGGAUGUCGUGUCGUGCGUAGUUUCCGCAGCGCGUUCUUCGCUAUCGGGAGCAUCCCGCGUCGGGCCGUACAAUCGUAUUCGAAUACGGAGACUUGCGUUCCAUCAUCCUGCCAUGCUGCUCUGAAUGUCGAUGUGCAGCAGAUGCUGGAAUGCGCACCCGCUUUGUGGCAUCGUACAACGUCCAUACGCCUUCGAAUGUGGUUACCUUGGGGCCGAGGGUGAAAGGCAGCGUGAGCCCGGAUUUCUGUACCAGUGUCGAGACAGCGGCAGAGCCAAGCGUCCUAAGAUAGUCCAUUGUGUCGUGAUAGCGCGGGCAAGGAGCUCGAAAAAUCGAGAGAGGAACACGAAAGAGAGCCUGUCGCAAUCAUGGUGUUGCAACAGCAGAACAAUUGAUCGGCUGUCAAAAACCAUCUUGUUCUUGGCCCUCACACAAACACGCCACUCUGCGCCUGCUGCGACUAGAACAGCAGCUGAAGGGGUCCAUGAUCUUCGGCAAAGAUAUUUGUGACGCGGAUACAUCAUGAACACCGAUGCAUCUCCUCACGACCAAGCCCCAAAUGGGAUAGACGCGCGAAUACUGGAGAUGGACGCGGGAGAGGAUAUUUCCGUCGAGGAGCUCGAGCGCGACCUACCCGUGGUCUACGAUGAUCAAAUACCCCUGGGAGAACUCUUGUCGCGUGUCAUACAAAACAUCUAUGCAGAACUCUCCGAAUUGGCGGAAACGAUGCCAAAUAUGUCCGACCCCGCAAAGAAACGUACACUGGCAGAUUGGGUGGUCAAAACGAAGAAGCAGGUGGUCAAAUUGUACGCUGUGGUGAAGUGGUCGCGGGACGCCGAUACAGUCCAGAAAUGCAUGAAUAUUACUGCCUUCCUUAUGAACCAGAAUCAACAAUUCGAGGAUGUGAUCCACAGGCUCAAUUACGCAAAGGAGAGUUUGGACCCUGCUCGUCUCCGAAACCACGAUCUCUUGACUUCACUGGACGUAUUGACCACAGGAUCCUAUCACGGGCUCCCAACUGGAAUCAAAAAAAUGAUGAUUCCGCCGACGCCGUUGACGGAUGCCCAAGUGCUCAAAACCCUUUCUGAAAUGGAGGAUGCUAUCCGCUACCGACUGCGAAUGCAUGAGCUCAUUCCUGUUGAGAUGUCUGAACACCACAUCGCCGAUGGUCGAGUGUACUUUACGGUGCCGAAUCUUUUCGAGGCGUCGUUGUGUCUGCGCGGUGGAGAAAAAGACGACGGGUGGUUUUUCGUGCAUGUCGAGUUCUUGAUCACUGUUGGAGGCGACUUGGCUGGCAUACAAGAAUUUCCAAGGACACCUGCUGGCUUGAUGAAACGACACAUCACAGAUGAGGCUGAUUCUCAGUUGGCCUUCUUCCUCCCCCUCCCGGCUGAUCCGAUGCUUCCUCCGGGAGUGGAGGCUCCCCCUCGGCCAACCCUCUCCGAGGGCGUUGUUGACACGCCUCUCGUUCGGAUAUACAAUUUUCUGCAGAUGAUGUCAUUAUCUUAUCAGCUUGAGAUUCUCUGGUAUCAGGCCGAGAGGAUGCGCUCCCUAGGAUGGGCGAACUUCAUGUCCGUGACUAUGAGCGACAAUCGAAAAACGCUCACUGUAUCCUAUUGGCUUCGGCCGUCAGCCCCAGCGCCGACAAUGACGCGUCCUCGGGUCAAGUUGCCGACGAUGGGUGGCACUCUGACGAUCUCCAUUGUGGAAAGCAAGUCUGCGUCGCAAUCAAGAUCGCCGAAAGCGCGGGUCCUCGCUGAGCUUCAGCAAAGAGCCAAGUUGGGGUCGCAGAAACCCUCGGAUGAAGUCGAAGGGCUCAAGUUUGAGGUCCGCUGGGAACCAGCCAGAGGCGCUUUGGGCUUUGUUAUCUCUCCCGACGUUCCCGAAAAUUUUCUCUUCAUUGAUGCCUGUGACCUCAACUUUGAAGCGCUGCUCGACAAAGUGCUUAGGAAACACACGCACGAGAUCUUGCACUUGUUCCAGCUCCAACUGCAGCGGGCGCAGCCUCACGGUGUGUUUUCGGACCCCGGGAUCGUCACAGUGGUCACGGAAAAUCAACAGCAAGUUCUGCGGGUCAAUCUCUGUGCGGAGGAGAUCGUCAUCAUCGCAUUGGAUCUGAGGACCGGAGCACUCAAUAUCCGGGACACCGGCGAUCUGGCAGCUGCCGAGAAGGGCCCUCGCUUCAAGACUCUGUCGGACAAGAUCAACGAGGACCCGACUGUGAUGUUCAACGUUCUUGUCCGCCUUCGUAUCUACACUAUUACGGAUUUGGCUGAGCAGAAGGCCGUCUCAUUGGGCUUGCAGAGCUUCAGGCGUCGGAAUUUCGGCCCGGAAGAACUUGCGAAACUGGGAUUAAAUGCGCGGGGAGCAGUAUACAUCCAGCUGACCAACUUCCCUCGGGCGUAUCUGGUUCUUGUCAUCACUGAUAAUGAGUUCCGCUAUGCGCUCAUCGAGACUGGGAUUGUUUCGAGCAGUCCUUAUGACACGUUGAUCAUGAAUGACUUGGGCUGGCUGGACUACGAACGGAUCCACGGAGGGCAGAUCAAUGUCACAGAAGCAGUGGAUGGUGCACCACCACACGCAGGCUUCAAUCUUGAUUCGGAUCUGUUGCGCGAGCUCUACAGUUACUGCUGUGCUCGUAUCUCAUUCAAGACGAUUCAGAGCCAGUUCAAGGCCCGCAGCAUCCCUUACAGCCUAGUAGGGCCAACAGACCCCCAGCCUGUCACGCCCGAACUUGCGCAAGUGCAAUCGUCGCUGGCUCGCUACGUGCCGGCAAUCUGCGUCCAGUCUCAGGAUCUUUUAUCUGGAGCUCCAGCUGCCGAGGCCGCGAUGCCGAACAUCCGAUUCAUCCCACUCAACUGGUGGUCUGACAAGAGCACCAAGGCACGUUGCGUUGUCACUUGCGUCAAACUCAAAUAUGUGCAACAGCCGAUGGGUAAAUCUGCGGGGACCAGUACAGUUAUUCGCCCUUCGAAGCGGAUCAUCUACGACACGACAGAAGCCGUCGUUUCUUUCGUGUCUGAGAACGUUAACACUUGUGUGGAUGAGUUUUUGGAGGAGUGGGCCAGGGUGUCCAAGAUGGUCGUCAUCGCCCGGGAGAUAGGCCAAAUGUCGAAAGACAAGAAAUGGCCGGAUAUCAAGCUGUUGUCGUUCGAUCUCCAGACUGUGGCCUUUGCUUACGCCUCGGACUAUACCGUGUCCAUUUCGUGUGAAGAUCAGCUGUCGACUGGUGGCAAUUUCGAUCUUCGCUUUUCCCGCUGUGCGCCCAAUGCUGAUGAAUUCAACCCACACGAUGAUGCGGAACCAUUCCUUCGGAACAUCCUCCAGGCCGGCCAGGGCCGGCUGGCCCCUUCCAUCCAUCGACUCGUUUCGUGUCUCCGGGAAACGCUUCCCAUUGCGAUCGAAUUGGAGGAGAUCAAGCAACUGAGCGGCUCCGUCGACCCGUUCCCGAAAUCUGCCGGCUGGUAUCGCCUCUUGUUCAGUGAAGCCAGGCACGCCCUGGACUUCCGGAUAAUGACCGGCCAUCGGGUGCUUAUCGUCGAUGGGUCGCGCUCGCUGUACCAGGCCCCAGGCGACCCGCCUCCCGACGGACUGGGGAUACAGCCCAUCCCGAAGUUCGCCCAGCUGCUUGCGAAGACGUUGGACGCCCUGCAAGCCCCGGCGUCGGCCCGCCUCGUCUCGCUGGAAUCCGGCGUCAUCUGCUCCAACGACGUCGUGAGAAAGUUGGGACGCGCGCUCUAUCUUGCUGUGGCCGAAGCACUCGAAUGAGAGAUGCUGCGGUAUGUUUAUGUAUUUUUAAGAUGUGUGUGGAUAAAUAUAUGCUACUGGACACGAAUCAACUACGCGGCCGAGCGCGGCCGAUGCAAAAGAUCCCCGAAGAAGCCUGACAGGCGCGAGGAGGGUGAGGCGAGGUGGUGCUCAUCGUCUGGACGAGGCCUGAGAUGCGUGUUCCUGGGCGGCGGAGGAGCCACGUAGAUCCCGGGAUUGUUGAGCUGCGAGGGCGACGGCGUGUGCACGUACGUCCCGGGAUUGUGAGGUGGACGCAUCAGCUUGUUCGUGGGCGGCGGUGGCGGUGGCGAAGGUCCUGCUCGCGUUGAGAACUGCGUCGUCUUACCCAUUGAUGACCGGCUUACCUUUCUUGUCCUCUCUCCGCUUCCCCUCUUUCUUCCUGUCCUUAUCCUUCUUUGUUCGUUCGUGCUCCAACGGCGCGACGGCUCCUGUUGAGGGUGCUUGCGGUUGGAGCUCAGGCAUCGGUAUUUUAGAAAGAUGCACGAUGAGGCUCUCGGGCGGCGUGUACUUCCGUUUGUCGGCGUCGUCGAGAUUGAUCCGCCGCGGUCCCUUGCGCAGCGUGUCGUAAAGAACGUAUUGGUGCAGUUCCUCGGUGAUGCCUGCCAGUCGGUGAGUCCCUGGAGCGAGUGUAACCGAAGAGAAGACACGGACCGGCUUUGUGUCGUAUCCUCUUCGCCUCUUCUACCACUUGCAGAACCUUGGGCACCUGACUAGCCUCUGCGGACAAAAUACUGAUGAACAGCAUGGCAUCGUCCUGCAACCGAGUGAGUUGCGCGGCUUCAAGAGAACGUCAUAUUCUGCCGCACAUGGAAUAAGUUGGCGCAAUAUAAACCGUAGUCCUCGACACUGCCUUCGUCCUCGACAGAUACUUCAUUGAACUGGCCCCGCAUCGCUUGCAUCUCCGCAAUCCGGUCAAUGCCCAGUUUCUUCGGUGGCUUGGGAGGAGGCAGGGGGAUGGGAGGAGUGCCGGAUGCGGGGGAGACGGCGGGCGGGACGGUAUUGCCAGAGCCGCGUCUGGACGUAGACGGUUCCGGUGUGUGAUGCAGGUCAUUUGCAUCUUGGAAUGUCAUCAGGGCAGUCAGCAUCACGAUCUCAAGGCCCUUGCGGUCGUCGAUCUCGAAUCUAGUACGCGCCUCCCGUUGAGCAAUUGGGACAUAGCUGGAGUGCAGUACGAUCGCGCACCGAUUGAGGUUGUAAUCCAGUAUCUGCACGGACGUCGUCUUCAGCCUCCCGGGCGGCUCCCUCGUCACGGCAACGAGAACAGGCGGAUCGGGUUUUCUGAGCAUGAAGCAUUCCUCGCGUUUCCAUUCGAAUUCGUGACUGGGAAGACAGGUUCAAGUAAGAGCCCUAACAGCGGAAUCCGGCGCAGCAUCUGGAGACGCACUCUUCCCAUUUGAAUCCCCAUCUGAAGCUUAGAGUUCCGGUGUAGCGGAGCUCCACCGUCGACGUGGGAUUGCAUAGUUCGAGAACCUUGGUUUUGCUUGCGGCAGAGGGCGCGGUAGCCGUCACUAGCAGCGCUUCUGAUUCCCGGUCUGUGUAGCAGUGGUAUCGUCAGCCAACCGAGCACGGCGCACAGCGUUUCCCGCAAACCGUAUAUUUCGAUUUUGUACACGGGGGCCACUGAAGCCACACGCUGCUUGCGGUAGUGCGUGCGGCCUUGCGGAUCUAUGAGAUCAACGACAUGCGGGUUCUCGGCUGACGGUGUGACGAUGAGCGUGAAGAGGUUCUGAUCCAGGCUCAUCCCCGGUGUGUAUGUGUAUCCUCGGAGUGAGUUCUCGACGGAUUAUAUGCAGGAAGACGACUGCGGAGAGGUAGGAAACGAGUGGCACAGGAGUCUGCACUGCCAUGGUACUUCAUACACUGUUCCUAGAAAAUACAAGCAAGACGUGUGGGAGAAUACAGUAAGGAAUUAAUCAGAUAUCUCGACUACCGACAUGGCCCGGCUGAGAUCAGCCUGGUCAUCCGAGUGUUCUGGUGCGGCCAGAUGUAGCGGAGCAGGAGGAAGCUCAAGGCUGUCCGACUCGAAGAAGUCGCUAUCAUUCUGAGCAGCCCAUGUAUGAAAGCCUGCAGCUAAUGCUUUCUUUGCUCGUUUCCGCGGUGACUCGUCUGUAACGGGAUUUUUCGGUGGCUGCCCACGUUUUCGAGGCGAAACAGGAACGACGGCUCUGCCGACUGCCGCCGCUUUGGGUGGCCUCCCCCUUUUGCGACGACUGGGAGAAGACGGCUGACUGUCUGAUGUCGAGCUCACAUCGAGAUCGAACAUCUCGCCUUCUGAAGAGCCUUCCAGAUCACUCUGAAUUUUGCUUCGACGUCGCUUGGGCGUAAGGGAUUUCGACGAGGCUGCUUUCCCUUUCCCUUUCUCUUUCCCCUUAGAGAUGGGGAUGCCAUCUUCUGUAAUGUCAGAAAGAUAAAGCGCAUCGUCGUCCAGCUCUUGAACGAUUCCACCUGCAACUCGGCGAUACAUACCACGGAUGACAUCGCCCCAGAGGACAUAAGUACGACAAGAAUGGCAUUGUCCGCCGCGAGGAACCAUGGCGGUGUUCUCUGUCUCUCGGCUCAGAAAGUCUUGCGAAAGACAGUGCAGAUGGGAGACGGCUGAACAGCCGGAAGUCGGACACAAGGUGGUCUGUAAUGGAGUCUUUUAAAGGUUCAGACGGAUAAGUGUGGGGCACAAUGGAGGGCGAUGCUCACAGUACUGUACUCCUCGAUCUCCUUUUUGC